AACAUCCAUGACCUUCCCGAUAAAUUUCUCUGGUCCUUUUUCCUAAUUCUUUUUUACCGGAAAUGGAAAAGUUUGGAAGGACCCAACCCCACCCAGCUAGAAGCUGCCCUCACUCGCUCCAGUCUCUCCCUCUCAUGGCCUCAGCCUCAGCCUCACUCGCUCGCUCGCACCACCAGCUUUGCUCCAGAGUCCUGACUCCUCCUAGCCUUCUCCUCCCUCUCUCCCCUACCACCACACAACGGGAUAAACCCCAGCACGAGGCCGGAGCUGCUGCUGGAACCGUCAGGCCGUGAAGAGCCUGCGGUUCGAUCUGCUGCAAGAGCUCCUCGUCGAUCUCUUCUCUGCGAGGUUUCGGUCUGAGUUACCACAUUGCUGGAGUGGAGGUAUGGCGUAUUCUGGACAAAGGCAUGCUGGUGUUGGGAGCUCCUCGAGGCCAGCUAAUGGAUUCAAGGGGGCAGCCAACUCGGUGGAGUUCCUGGGUAGGGAGAUGCUGGGAAUGCGACUGAGGGAUGCCAAGCCCGACACAGAUGAUGAAAGGGAGAUGUGGUCAAGUUCAGAUGUGACUGAUAGUUCUAGUAAUGAAGCUGGUCAUGUAAUAGCGACUACUGUUCACGGGCGCAACGGCCUGCCUAAACAGUCUGUCACAUACAUCGCUGAACAUGUGGUUGGAACUGGUUCUUUUGGGGUUGUGUAUCAGGCAAAAUGCCGAGAAACAGGGGAAAUUGUUGCCAUAAAAAAGGUCCUUCAAGAUAAGCGUUAUAAGAACAGAGAGCUGCAAAUCAUGCAUAUGCUUGACCAUCCUAACAUCAUCGGUCUUAAGCAUUACUUCUUUUCAACAACUGAAAGGGAUGAGCUUUAUCUCAACCUUGUUCUUGAGUUUGUUCCAGAGACAGUAAACAGGAUUGCAAGGCAGUACAAUCGAAUGAAUCAGCGGAUGCCCCUCAUUUAUGUCAAACUGUACACGUAUCAGGUCUGCCUUGACUAGAUAUGCCGAGCGCUUGCUUAUAUACAUAACUGCAUUGGCAUCUGCCACCGUGAUAUCAAACCGCAGAAUGUUCUUGUGAGAUAUGAUUUUUUUUCUUUUCUAUAAUGAUUUUUGUUGCUUUACAUGUAUCAUUCGCAUUUGUUGGAUGUUUUGUUGCUGGGAUGGUAUGAUAACGCCAUAGAAUAGCAAUUGGUUUUUACAAGUGGGACUGAAUUUUUAGAUCAUGUGUAGCCCGAUGUCAUAAUUAUUGGUAGUUUCACCCAACAUCUACGGCACUAGCAGUUUGAAAUUGGAAAUGUCAAUCCACGUGUGCAUUAUUUAGUUUCAUAUAUAGGUGCUAUCCCAUGUGCAUCAUUUUAUUCCUAGGCUGCACAUAUCAUAUUUUAUACCCUGUGUAUGCUGUUUUUCUUGUCAAUGGUAUCUUACUAUCUUCUCUUGUGGAACAUUUCGUCAUCAUCUGUUCUUUUAUAACAAGGCUGGACAAAAAACCAUGCUCCCAGUUCCACAGAUGUCAAUUGGUUCUGUACAUCCCACUAGUGCGUAAAUGCUAAACUAAUUCAAAAUUUAUUUGAGCAAACUGUGAGCCUCGGAAAGGAGCAUGGAAGAUCAAUGCAACUAGCUAGCUUGUUAACCCACCAUGACUCCAUAACCGCAUAGAUUAGAGAUUGUUUGAAGAAGCAGGAGAAACUGAAACUCAAUUGUAGAGUAUGUACGAAACGAGGUUUCCAUAAUUGCCUUCUUUUUGUCUCCUUUGAAUGCUGAGGUAGCUACUGUUUAGCUACUUGACCUUUUCUUUACCUCGGGAAUAGCAGAUUACAUAUUUAUGAUGAGUGAUGCUUUUUGCUAAUACUUCUACUGUAGGUUAACCCACAUACACACCAACUCAAAAUUUGCGAUUUCGGAAGUGCUAAAGUAUUGGUCAGAGGAGAGCCAAACAUCUCCUACAUAUGCUCAAGGUAUUAUCGAGCACCAGAGCUCAUAUUUGGUGCAACGGAAUAUACUACUGCUAUUGAUUUGUGGUCAACAGGCUGUGUCAUGGCAGAGCUGCUUCUAGGACAGGCUCUGUUUCCUGGAGAAAGUGGAGUCGACCAACUAGUUGAGAUCAUCAAGGUUUUGGGUACUCCAACAAGGGAAGAGAUCAAGUGCAUGAACCCAAACUAUACGGAGUUCAAGUUCCCACAAAUUAAAGCUCAUCCGUGGCACAAGGUUUUUCAAAGAAGGCUUCCACCUGAAGCAGUGGACCUUGUUAGCAGGUUUCUACAAUACUCACCAAAUCUACGGUGCACUGCUUUGGAGGCCUGUAUGCACCCUUUCUUCGAUGAGCUGAGAGACCCAAACACUCGUCUACCCAAUGGUCGGCCUCUGCCGCCUCUCUUCAACUUCAGAUCUCAAGAGCUAAAAGGCGUUCCCCCAGAAGUCAUCGAUCGCCUUGUCCCAGAGCACUCAAGAAGGCAGAGUUUGUUCAUGGCGCUAAGGACCUAGUUUUUGCCGUUCUUUUUGCCCCCUUUUUUCCCACCGUUUGCCACCUUGAGGGAAGCUUGUAAAGCUAUAGCUUCUCCUUUCCCCUCGUCCUUACUUUCCUCCCCUCUCUUUCUUCCGAGCUUUGUGUGGAUGAGAGAUCCUUGAGAUACACUGCUAGAGCUGUGAGUUCCAGGAUGUGAGGUUCGAGUGUGUGUGAUGUGCAGUUGUCGCCUUUGAGGUCGGAGAUUUCAGUUGCAGUGUUGUGAGAGGCUUGUGAAGCUUUUUUGUCUACUUUUCAGUGCUUCUCUGGCUUGAAGUUUUCCUUCAAUUCUUGUGAACUGGCUUCAAGAUUUGGCUUCGUGAACCCUGUGUGCGUGUAAAAGUACUGGUUGGAUGCUGCUGCACCAAUUCUGGAAAAAAAAAGCUUACAACUAAACACCUA